AUGGGGAAUCAGAAGGCCAGGGUGUUCGUGACGGAGGCCCAGCAGAUUACAGUGGUAGAGCGGGAAAGCACAGAUCCGGAUAUCGUGCUGUUACGUUGGUUGGUAAAGUUUCAGCCAUCCCUCUGGCCUUGGGAUUCAGUGAGGAACAACUUAAGAAGCGCCUUGACUGAGAUGUGUGUGUUGUAUGAUGUUCUUAGUAUCGUCAAGGAUAAAAAGUUCAUGACUCUAGAUCCAGUUGUGCAGGAUCCCCUUCCUCCAAAACAGAAUCCUCAGUUUCUACAGUUGAUUUCAAAAAAGAAGUCAUUGGCUGGAGCAGCUCAAAUCCUGUUGAAAGGUGCAGAAAGAUUAUCCAAAUCAGUUGCAGAAAACCAGGAAAAUAAGCGACAAAGAGACUUCAACUCUGAACUGCUAAGACUGAGGCAACAUUGGAAGCUGAGAAAAGUGGGAGACAAAAUUCUUGGCGACCUGAGCUACAGAAGUGCAGGCUCCCUUUUUCUUCAUCACGGCACAUUUGAGGUGAUAAAGAACACUGACAUUGACUUGGAUAAAAAGAUACCUGAGGAUUACUGUCCUUUGGAUGUUCAAAUUCCAAGUGAUUUAGAAGGAUCAGCCUAUAUAAAGGUUUCUAUUCAGAAACAAGCUCCAGACAUUGGUGACCUUGGGACAGUCAAUCUUUUUAAAAGACCCAUGCCAAAAUCAAAACCAGGUUCUCCACACUGGCAGACAAAGCUGGAGACUGCACAGAAUGUUCUUUUAUGUAAAGAAAUUUUUGCCCAGCUGUCACGAGAGGCUGUUCAAAUUAAAUCACAAAUUCCUCACAUUGUUGUGAAAAAUCAGAUAAUCUCCCAGCCUUUCCCAGGUUUGCAGUUGUCUAUUUCUCUGUGUCACUCUUCCAAUGACAAAAAAUCACAGAAGUCUGCUUCCGAAAAACAGAAUCCAGAGGAUCAUCUCUAUGUUCUGGAACAUAAUUUGCAUCAACUUAUCAGAGAGUGUCACAAGCAAACCCUGAGCUCAACAGUAAUGCCACAUCCAGCUAGUGCCCCUUUUGGCCAUAAGAGAAUGAGACUUGCAGGACCUCAGGCUUUUGAUAAAAAUGAUAUCAGUGCCUUACAGUCCAAUGAAGGACUUCUGGAAAAGAUAAUAAAGCAGGCAAAACAUAUCUUUUUGAGACGCAGAACUGCUCGAACCAUUGACAGUCUGGCUAGCCGCAUUGAGGAUCCUCAGAUUCAGGCCCACUGGUCCAAUAUAAAUGAUGUUUAUGAAUCCAGUGUUAAAGUUCUAAUAACUUCUCAAGGAUAUGAACAGAUAUGCAAAUCCAUUCAACUACAGCUGAACAUCGGAGUUGAACAGAUCAGAGUUGUGCAUAGAGAUGGAAGAGUUAUUACAUUGUCCCAUCAAGAGCAAGAACUGCAGGAUUUCCUUUUAUCUCAGAUGUCACAGCACCAAGUACAUGCAGUCCAGCAGCUUGCCAAAGUUAUGGGAUGGCACGUGCUGAGUUUCAGUAAUCACGUUGGUCUGGGGCCAGUGGAGAGUAUUGGCAAUGCAUCAGCGAUAACUGUAGCAUCACCAAAUGGAGACUAUGCCAUUUCAGUACGUAAUGGUCCAGAAAGCGGCAGCAAAGUUAUGGUUCAGUUUCCACGGAGUCAGUGCAAGGAUCUCCCCAAAGGCGAUGUUCUGCAAGACAACAAGUGGAAUCAUCUUCGAGGGCCGUUCAAGGAAGUGCAGUGGAAUAAAAUGGAAGGGCGUAACUUUGUGUAUAAAAUGGAACUCCUCAUGGCCGCCCUAACUCCGUGCUAAUGAUCUGUCAGCCUCUCCAGUGGGGCAUUGAAUCAUUGCUGUGCUGCGAACGAUCACUGCCCAUGCAGCAAUGGGAAAUGGAACCUAUGGGGCAAUACAAGAAAGCAAACGCAAAUUUAUUUCCUGUACAGAUAUGUCCAUUGUAGUGUUUGUAAUAAAACUUUUUUUUCAAUGACAUAUAAAAUACAGUUUUUUAGAGAAGUUGCUUUCAGCUGUGUCUUGGCAGAUUGCUCUAGACAGAGUAAGAUGGCUGAGUGAAUUCAGCUGUCCUUUGCUACAUGAAAGGUGUCUGCUCAGAGUCAUUCCCUUUCCCCUUGUGCCCCUACGUUUUCCCAGUAGAUCUUUGCAAGUAUUUUUGAAAGAUGAAAAUUACUAGAAUUGAAUUGUGCUAUCAAUACCACAGGGAAUGGUGAUCCUUGUGGAAGCUAAUGGACUUGCUUGAUUAGAAGUGUGACAAAAGAGGAGAAGCAGAGCUCUGUUGUCAAGAAUUAAGGCUAAACAGAACUUAAGAUUCAAGGAAGAGUCUUCACUGGGUGAUGUCCUUGAGUUGGGGUUGGUUUGUGUUAACUGUAUUGAAGUGGCUUCUGGGUGACCCAUUUCUUUUUGAGAGAGAUAUUUACUUGACGAUCUGUUUUAAGUUGAGAGCAUUAAGAAGUCACAGUUUGUUGCAGACAUCUUUCCUCUGAUGCUUAUAGAUGAGCCUGUGUGGUGUCGGUUACUUUGCUUGCCUUUUCUGUCCUUGUUUUUUGUAAGCAUGUAGAGGAAAGGGUCUUGCUCUGCUUGCAGAAUUCUGACAGUUUGGGUUUGUGGGUGGCUUUUGUACAUUCCUGUCUGGAUAGAAACAGGUAACUCAUGCAGUAGACCUUGGACCUCCACACUUGUGCCGUUCGGGGUUUUUUUUGGGUUUGGGUUUUUUUUGUGUCUGCACUAUCACUGAUUAUCAUCCAGGGAAACAAUAUCAUCUCCCUGAAGAUCAGCUCUUUUGAGUUCUUUUAAAAUAAAAAGGUUGUGGUUUUGUCUUUUUUGGUUGUAAUUGUAGCCUUGAAGCUUCUACUAAGGUGUUGCACAACACUUUUCUUUUGUUUGAUGAUUAAUUGCUAAAGGUCUUUUUGAAACCUGUCUGUAUGAACUGGUUCAGACUUAUGUCCAUAUUGUGUGUUAUGAAGUGUGUAUAUACAUGUAUAUAUAUAUAUAUGAGAACUUGCACAUAGAACAUGUUUAAAUUGAACAUCAUAUUUGUAUGGUGACUGUUGUUAUUUUGCUGUAUUCCUGAGCAAUAAAAAAUAGUUGUAGGAAAUCUGUAUUAAGCAACUGCUUGUGGCAAGCUGCUGCAGAGUGUGUAUCCAACGAAGCUAUUGUACUUACGUCGCUGUUUGCCAGUGUAGAACAUCUUCUUAUUUUGGUUCCUUGAAGGGCUUGCUUCUGUGCAUCUGAACUAUGGAAGGGAAAGGGCUUUCCUUUUGGAUUCUGGUGAGCUACCCAAGCCAACUUACAAAAAUGAAAAAAUACUAGUUGAAAAUAGUUUCUUCAUCUUGAAAGAUGGUUGAAUCUUAGGCAAUGCCUGUGCUGCCAGGUCCUGCGUUGCUUGGCUAGCAGGCACCAGAUGAUUCCAGGCAGAGAGGGGUUUUGGUCCUUGGUGUAGAGUUCAGCCAGCAGCCUGACGCUUCUGUGCAUCUGAUUAUAUGAGGCUGUUUUAGCAACACAACAAAUCUGCUCUUGCUAAUAAUUAGAAGAUGAGCAUGUGAAAGUUAAACGUGUCUUUACACUUCACUGUUCUUAACCUAAAUUGACAGGUCUGCGUGUAGCAAUAGCCUUCUUGUCAAGUGAGUUCAUCAUUGCCAAGAAAUAGGAUUGCUGUGGAGCUAUUAGGAUCUCAUAGUUGCAGGACUUGUUCCUUUCUAGAAAGAACAAUGGAUGCAAGAGGACUUCUUGGGUGUUGCAGAAGUGCAAGCACUGCACAUUAACAGCGAAGAUAUUUGUCAAGACUUCCAGGCCGAGCUGGGAAAAAAAAAUGAAAAAGGAUUAUUUGGGACCUGGUGUCUUUUAGUGUGGAAUACACAGGGAUUCCUAAUUUUAAUGGAAAACAGACUUAUUAGGCAUCUAGCGGAGGGACAGUCUUGAAAUUCUUGGUAGUGCAUCUUUGAACAUGAAAUGAAGACAUUAGUGGAUGAUUAAGACCUUUACAAUUGAUUGCCAAAGCAAUCUUGUGAACCUGGACAUCUCUUUAAUUAAAGUUUAAAUGCAAAAUGCCUCAAUCCCUUUGAUUACAUGGAAGGCUCUAAAUAUUAAAUUUGCUGCUGUUUUGCAUGGAGUUUAGAACUGGAGUAAGAGUAACUAUUAGUUUCUAAACUUCCACUUUAACAGCUUGCUGUAAGAUUUUUAGAUACUUCAGGCACCUCCAGUGUAGCAAGAAACUGCUGCAGGCAUCUCAGCCUCAUGUUCUGUGUAUCAAUGUUAUUGAGAUUAAUAAUGCAUAUUGACAAACAUCAGUUUCAGAAAAUGUGAAUAUUUUACAAGUGACUCUAACCAUGUAGAGUAAGCAUGUUAAAUUCUGGGUAAAAUUUGUGGGUGAGGAAUUGUCUGUAAGGGAAGCAGGACACGGGCUGACUGUGCCGUAUGGCCUCACUGAGUAUUGUUUG